AACUACUGAAGAUCUGAGCAAUUUCUGUUCAGCGCAGCAAACACCCCGGCGCCGCCGCGCUUGAUCAAAGAAAGUCUUUUGAUGGGAUACAUCGAAGAGGCUAGAGAAAACCAUGUCAAAAAGAAAGUCGAAGAAGCCCUACGUAGCAAAAUGAAGCAGAAGGCACUGAAACAGUGCGAGCAAUACACAGCAAAGUAUGCUGAGUGUGCUGUGGGAAAAACUAUAUCUGUAGUAUGGUCGUGUCGCAAACAAGCAAAAGAGUUGAAUGAGUGCCUUCAUCAAUUUACAAACGAUGGUGUAUUGGAAGAAAUGAAGAAAAAUUACAUGCUAGAGCAGCAGGGGAAGCAAGGAUAGCAAUGACAUUUCCACAAAAUCCUGAUGAAAGGAAGUUACUUCUUCAGUUUGCAUAUACCUGGCUUCCUAAUCCUCUCUGAUCUGUAUUAGGGUAACGAUCGAGUGUUUUUUGCCCGGUAGUCUGAGUUAUUUAAAAAAAUUUGCAGUAAUUUAUUCUGGUUGGAAAGUUCCUUUCUCUUACGUUUCUUGAAGAACAUCGGAGUUGAUUAUGAGUCUGCGCUCAGCUUAUUAGUGUCCUUUUCUUUUUUAUUAGUUGUCUAUGUUUCGACCUUUUCUUUUUUUUAAUUUUUGGUUAAAGUUAUGUCAAGCCUGAGAUUUGCAAUGUAUACUUUCUGCACCUUAUUUCUCUGUGGAUAGCAUAGUUGAGAA